CAGAGGAAAAAGAAAAAGCAAAAUCUGUUGUCGAGAGGCAAUUGCUUCCGUUUCCAGGCUCGCAAGAGUUGGGAGAAGAUCGGCGAACAUUCUCGAAAAAGGAUGGAAUCGCUCUCGGAAUUGAAGCGCGCGAGGGUGUUGAUUAUAGGGUUUGUUCUUGUAUCAUGGUGCAUCUCUUUGGUCCAUGGAGACAUCGAUGGAGGACGACGAGGAGGUGGCCAAGCGCGGCUGCUUCUUGCUUUCCGGGAGACACAAGGAAACUCUACUUUCCAGUGCUCUCCUUCCGGUCCUUGCCUUCCUUGCCAGUAUUCUGAGAAGAAAGAUGAUAAGUACCAUUGCAGUGAAACUGGCUAUCGUGUGCCUUUAAAAUGCAUUGAAGUCCAAGAUGGGUCAAAGGAGAAACCUCAUAAUAAAGUUCAAAGAAAGUUACUUUUUCUUCAAAAGAAAAAAGAGAAAUUUGUGAGCAGAUGGAGAAAAUUGUUGGAUAAUUCAUCUGAAACAGAAAGUGGAAAGCAAAACUAUGUCACCUACAGGAGUUGUGUACCUGUAGGUAAUGAAGAAAAAGUGUCAGUUCUUGGGUUUGAGGCGAUAAUGGUGUUUCUGUUACUCAUCAGCAGUGCAGCCAUAUAUAUACGACAAAAACGUAUAUUCACCAUGCCUGGAGUUUCAAUGGUGAGAAUUCCUACAAACUCUCCGAGGUUCUAGUGUUAUCAUUAAUAUGACUUAACAGAUUUCAAGUUCUGAAGUCCAGCUAAUAUGCCAAGUCUGGUGUUUUGUUGUUUCAAUCUCUUUGCCAUCACUUUCAACUUGUUAUCUGUUUCAGUAAUAUGGUUUGGUGUAUUGAACAGUCGUAAUUAGUUGAAAAAGUUCCAAUGGUUCUCUCAGUUUAAUAGCACAGUAUAUAAUACACAAAUGUUUGUUCAAUCAUAUUUUCAUGGCUCAUUCAGGUUCAUGUACCGCUGUAAUUGAAUCUUUUCUCUUUGGAAUGUAAAAUGCUUGGGUCCUCUGAUUUUUACUA